AUGCCUCCUUCCGUUUUCUCUUCAAGUGAAAAGACAUUAAUCAAGUCCGUGUUCCCCUCCUCAUCAUACAAAAUUAUCACGGUUUCGCCCGCUCGUAUCUAUGCGGCUUAUCCGACACCUGACCGAUGGUAUUACCUUGGCGUAGAAGGGGCACUAGCAUUCGUAAGAGACGCGAAAAAUACAUUUCAUUUCAAACUGGUUGAUCUUGCAUCAACAGGCACUAUAUCUUGGGAUCACGAAUUGUAUGAUGACUUUUACUUCUAUGAAGACAAACCGUACUUCCACACAUUUGCAGGGGACCAUUGCAUGCUCGGACUGUGUUAUGCAGACGAAUCAAGCGCAGAGCAAAUGUAUAAGAAAGUUUCUAAUCGUUCUAAAUAUAUGAAGUCUUCUUCUGGCUUGUCUGGAUUCGGUCUUGCAAAAAAGCUGACCAAUUUUAUGAGCUCGUCCUCAUCUGACGACAGAAAAAGCAAAUCUCAUGUCUCAGAAGAUACCAAAUUGGAAGCAGGUCUAGUCGCUCAGCUGAGUAACAUGGGUGUUUCCGAAUCAGAUAUUCGAAGCAACGAAGGAUUUAUUCGAGACUUUUUGGGCCAUGGAGCUGGGAAUGCAGCCUCGGCAGCUGAGGGAUACACCGGAAGACUUCCCCCGCCUAUCACCGAUACGCUUUCUAUGCGCCAUGCACCACCUCCGCCCCCAUCUGCAGCGUCUACGAGUUCCUCAGCUGCUGUACCAAGACUUCCGACGCGUAAUGUGUCCAGUACAGCGGUCCCUCCUCCAACUCCGCCCAUCAGCACUCGUCCCUCUUUGCCUCCUGCACCGCCUGCACGUCCGAGUGCUGGGACAAGUACAGCUCCGCCGCCGCCACCACCACCGCCAGUUGGCGGACGCAUUCCUCCUGCUGUCCCAUCUCGUCCUUCUUUAGGGGGACGUGGUCCACCGCCCCCUCCGCCUACGCGUCCUUCCGCAGUUGUUGGGGUACCACCAGCACCACCAGCACCACCAGCGCCACCAGCGCCACCAGCACCACCAGCACCACCAGCGCCACCAGCACCACCAACGCCAUCAGCACCACCAGCACCACCAGCACCACCAGCACCAUCUUGUGCUCCUAGUGGUGUGUCUGGGCUUCCACCUCCUCAGCCUGGUCGCGAUGCAUUGCUUGCUAGUAUUCAAGGAAAGAGUGUGAAGGACCUGAAAAAGACGGACUCUUCCGUACCGUCACCCAUACCCACAGGUGGUUCACCUCAAUCUUCUACGAACACAGGCACAAAUGGCGGUGGAAUGGAUCUUGCUAGUGCCUUAUCUUCGGCUCUGAACAAGCGCAAAGACAACAUGGGUAGAUCGGAUGGAGAAGAGAGCGAUGAUGAUUGGUGA